AUGCGAACAUGGCGCACCGCCCAUCGGAGCCUUCGAAGUGCUGAUCCCCGCCGCCAUCGCGCCUUUUCCGCCUCUGUUUGGCCCUGCGGCCGUCGCAGUACUGCCGACCUGCUGCAGCAUGGCGCUGACGAGGAGAAUGUGUGCGUCACGGGUUGGGUGAGGACUGUGCGGAAGCAGAAGCGGGUUGCUUUUGCGGCGGUCAGUGAUGGAUCUACUGUGCAUUCCAUUCAGGCUGUUUUGAAGCCUGAGGAUGCUGCAAAUCUAUCUACUGGUACGGCCGUCGAAUUGAACGGCGACUGGAAGGCGUCUUCUGGCGCAAAGCAAAGCCACGAGUUGCACGUCUCACGUCUUAAAGUCCUGGGAGAGAAUGAUGCACAGAACCAUCCGGUCCAGCAGAAGUACCAGACCGCGGAGUAUCUACGCACCAUCCCGCAUCUCCGCGCGCGCAUCCCCGCCAACACUCUCCUGCUUCGUCUGCGAUCCGAACUCAUCGCAGCCGUCACCGACUUCUUCAAUCGCCAGGAUUUCGUGCAGACGCACACGCCCAUCAUCACUUCGUCGGACUGCGAGGGCGCCGGCGAGGUUUUCACUGUAUCUUCCAACACCCUUGAGGAUGCGAGCAGUAAAUCAGAGAGCGUUCAAGAAGCCCCAGCGGAGCACCACUUCUUCCGCCAGCCUAAAUUCCUCACGGUCUCCGCUCAACUCCACCUCGAAGCCCUCGCUCAGGCGGUCACCAAAGUCUGGACGCUUUCGCCCACCUUUCGCGCCGAGCGGAGUGACACUCCACGCCACUUGAGCGAGUUUUACAUGCUUGAAGCGGAAGUGUGUUUCGUGCAGGAUUUGAAUGAAAUCAUGGAUCUCGUCGAGGCGAUGCUACGCUCCGCCGUUUCCACGCUGGCGAAAUCGCGAGUCGCACAGGAACUCCUGGAACCAAAGCAGCAGCCACCACCUCGAGAUCCCACCGCAAACAACAACGAUUCCUCACCACCAAGCUCGGAAAUACUCCAACAGAGAUGGAACGGCAUCAUCGCCCCAGAUUGGCCGCGAAUCACCUACGCAGAGGCCAUCCAGCUACUCGAAGAAGCGCACGCCUCUCGCAAGAAUACUACCGCCUUCCACUUCCCCCCUUCGUACGCCGACGGCCUGCAAGCCGAACACGAACGCUACCUCGCCUCCACCAUCGGCCAGGGCAAACCAGUCUUCGUAACGCACUACCCCGCCGCGCAGAAACCCUUCUACAUGUCGCCGUCCACCGACUCAGACACGGUUGCCUGCUUCGAUCUCCUCGUCCCCGAUCUCUGCGAACUGGCCGGCGGUUCUCUCCGCGAGCACCGCUCGGAAGAGUUGCAAGCGGCCAUGCGUGGAAAAGGCGUGGCGGGCGAGAAUCUAGAGUGGUACCACAAUCUGCGCCGCUUCGGCAGUGUGCCGCACGGGGGAUUCGGAUUGGGAUUCGACAGGUUACUGUGCUACCUCAGCGGCGUGGGCAACGUGCGGGAUGUAGUCGCUUUUCCGCGAUGGUUCGGGAGAUGUGAAUGCUAA